AUGGAGGACACAUCUCAAGUCCCUGCGACUCCCGAGCCAUUGGCAAAGAAAGCAGCCUGGGUGCGAGCAUCGCAACUGGGUUUGCGUGGGUUUGCUAUAAUUUACGGCAUCAUGUGUAUCUAUUUAUUGACGCAGAUGCCGAAGGAAGUGACGGCGGAUGGAUACAAACCUGCCGCGAUGGGCUGGUUGACUGCAACCACGGGUGUUGGUCUGACUGGAUGCAUCGUUGGCUUCAUCGUCACGUUCGAAUCGUGCAAAACAAGCUCCUUGGUCAGUGUGACAAUCCUUGCCUUUACGAUUAGCUUUAUUCUCUCCAUCAUAUCCAUGUUUGUGGUCUGUUUCACGUACUUUUCAAUCUUCUGGAUCAUCUUCACGGGACUGCACAUCUUCCUGUCUUUGAUGUCAUCUGGGGCUGCUUACGGCACCGUCACGACUCUCAUAAAACCCGCACCUGUCGACGAGCGGACACCCUUGACAAUUGAUCAGGUUACCGGAGCGGAUGCCGCGUGA